AUGUUGAAUAUCUUAAAGAAGGAGGAUUUGAAUUUAAAUGAAAAUUUAAAUGAAUUUUUGAAAGAAUGGGACUAUCAUAAGAAUUGUUUAAAUUCAUCAAUUGAUAUUGUAAAUUUUUAUGGAUUUACAAAAGAUCCAAAAAUUUCAAAAUAUGCGGUAGUAAUGGCUUAUGCAAAUAAUGGUAAUUUAAGAGAAAAUUUAACAAGAAUAGUCAAAAAUAAUUGGAAUCAAAAAUUAUAUAUGUUUGAUUUAGGAUUAUGUCAACCUGUAAAAUCGUUUUUGGAAAAGUAUGAUAUUUAUGGUGUUAUACCAUUUAUGGCUCCUGAAGUUUUAAGAGGCAAAUCUUAUACUCCAGCUAGUGAUAUAUAUAGUUUUUCUAUGAUUAUGUGGGAAUUUACAUCUGGAGUACCACCAUUUAAUGAUAGAGCACAUGAUAUUCAACUUACUUUAAGUAUUUGUAAAGAUGGUGAACGUCCUGAAAUUAUUGAAAAUACUCCACAAUGUUAUGUAGAUUUAAUGAAAAGAUGUUGGAAUGAAGAUCCAUUAAAAAGACCAUCUUCUAAAGAAGUAUUGGAAAUUAUUGACAAAUGGAUUUCCCGUCCUAAUGAAGUCAAUGAUGAAUUAAAAAGCAACAUUAUGGAAUUUAUAAAUGCACCAAUUGGGCAGUAUAACAAUCUUGUUACUCAAUCUCAUCCUAAAGCAUAUUAUACAAGUCGUUUACUUGAUUUUACUAGUAAAAAAUUGAAUGAAAUACUUGAAAGUAGAGAUUUACAAGCUUAUUAUUCAAGUCAAUCUACUAGUGAAAAAGUAAAUGAAAUUCUUGAAAGUGAGGAUUCACAAGCUGAAGAUUUGGAUGAUUGUAUAGUUAAUUUGAAGUCAUUAGAUGAUGAUGAAAGCACCGAUGAAGAAAUUGAGAGAGUUGAUAAUCAAAUUGAAAAUGAGGCAGAGCAAUUUUCUCAACGAAAAAUCAAAGCAUUGGAAAACCAAAAGAAAAAUGGACAAACACUGAUUCAACUAUUAUCUAAAGAAAAAUCUCAAGAAACAUCAGAUAGCGAAGAGACACAAAAUAAUGAUGAAGAAAUCAAUAAGGAAAAUGCAAAUAAAUCUAUGAAAUAUCUUCUCAGUAAAGGGCAUGCAAAAUUAAAAGCAAGUCAAACUGUUGCAGAGCUUUUAAAUCGUGGAGUAUGGUUUGCACGUUGUGUUAGAAGUUGGGCUAAAGCAUUUAAAAACUAUGAUGAUGUUCCUAAAAGUAAUCGAGGACAACAUUUUAAAGGGAGCAGUAUUCUUAAUGAUGAAGAUGUUCAACUAAAAAUAUCUUUAUAUUUGCAACAACACAAAUUUGAUGUUACUGUUAAUAGUUUUCGUGAUUUUAUUUGUGAAGAAAUUUUGCCUUCCAUUGCAAAUCAACAGCAAAUCGAUGAGGAUGUUGUUGCCUAUCGGAAAGAAUUUCUUGAAAAUAUGGCUAAUUAUCAGAAAUUAAUGCCAAAAUUUAUUGGUGAAGAAUGCGAAACUCAAAUUAACCCUGAAUUAAUGGAUGGAGAACGUUUGCACAUCCUUGUAACUCAUGAUGAAACUACUUUUCAGUCAAAUGAUGGUCAAAAAUCGGGUUGGAGGCCCAAAAAUGAACAACCAUUGCGCAAAAAAGGACAAGACCAAUCUAUUCAUGUUAGUGAUUUUUUAACAGAUACUAUAGGAAGAUUAAAGUUAAAUGAAGAUGAUAUUGAUGACACAAUUCCACAUGAAGCUCGUGUUAUAAUCAAUCCUGGAAAAAAUUUUGAUGGAUGGUGGAAUAUUGAUCAAUUAAUUGAUCAGAUUAAGACUCGUGCAAUUCCAAUUUUUGAAAAAAUACAUCCUGGAAUGAUUGCAGUAUUUGCAUUUGACAAUUCCUCUAGCCAUGCCAAAUUAGCUGAUGAUACUCUCAAUGCAGCUAAUAUGAACCUUAAUCCUGGCGGAAAACAACCAAUAAUGCGUGAUACUAUUUUUAAUGGUCAGAUUCAAAGUAUGGUAUUUCCUAAUGAUUACCCAGAUAAAAAUCUUCGUGGAAAACCUAAAGAAGCAUCAGUGGAAAAUCCAAGAUGCUGUGCACGUCAUGUUUUAGCUACUCAAGAGGAUUUUCUUAACCAAAAACCAAUUUUACAAGAACUCAAUUAUAUUGAAAUGUAUUGGGGAGCUGCAAAACGUUAUGCUCGGCAGCAUUGUGAUUACACAUGGAAAGGUUUGCAGGAAACAGCCCCACGUGAAUUAGAUUCAGUUCCUUUAAAUCAUAUACGAAAAUAUGCACGAAAAUCAGCAAAUUUUAUGGAAUGUUAUCGAAAAGGAUUAACAGGAGUGCAGGCUGAUUAUGUGUUAAAAAAAUAUAAAUCACAUCGGGCUGUUCCAGAUUUUAUUUUUGAAAAUAUUGAAGAAUUAAUAAAAUAA